AUGAUGAUCGUUGUGGAGGUAGAAAAUCGUGCGAUAAAAAAACCGUAUUUAGGAGGGUGGCGGCAUAAGCUUACUGGCGUUAAAUAUUUGAACGCAUAUUCCCAAACUGGACCGCGCAAGAAAGCUGUACCUUGGGAUUCGCAAUGUACUCGACCCGUUCAAACGGUGGAAACGAAAACUCGGUUUACCGAAACUUCCGUGCACCGUGGCACUCAGAUGUCGCGGACAGAUUGUUACAUUCCGAAUGUCUCGGAUAAAUACAUGACAGCUAAACGUUACGAAUCUCACGAUGAAAAUAGAUCCAAGUCAAACUUUGAGGGGAAGAUCGUUAUGAUACAGAAGUUUUACAGAGCGUACAGACUCGCUAAAUUCAUAAAAGAGUCUGCUGCUAUUUAUAGAAAAAUUGUCGCCGACUGCGAAGAGCAUGAAAAAGAGAAGAUUCUUGCAUACAAGCGCAGACAUCAGCACGACAUAAUAAGAAAGACGUAUCCCUUGUCGCGAGCUGAUUUCGACAUGUUGUAUAAUUUGAUGGAUCAGUGGAAACAUUUUCAAACAAAAAGAGCAGCCAGUUUAUUCUUCAAGGGAGCUCAGCGAGCUUCGGACGUGGCGGUGUUAAACAAAUCCGUUGAUAUGCUGCGUGAUAUUGACAAGCAAAAACAGCAAGUUAAAAAUGAAUUUCUCGAACGUAAAGCUAUGAAAUUCCUAACGUACCAUUGCGAACCAAUUACUUGGAACGGUUACAAAGCUAAACCGGUCGAAAUGAUUACCGUGAAAAUUCAAAGAGCUCGAGAAUUAAAAAAACUUCACGAUAAUCUAUGCGAUGAGAAUCUUUCGACGGAAGAGAGAGUCGAACUUUUAUUAAUGAUCAAACAUUCUCUCAAGAAUCAUCGAUGCUAUUCGGUGAACGAACUCGUUUAUUUGAUCGAUCAAGAAAUACAACUGAUCAGUCGUGGAAUAAAGAAUAUCCGCCCAACGCAACUGAGACGCAGGAUAAAAACGUGCGAGAGAUUGGCGGAAGGAAAGGAGGCGCGUAUAAAUUUUUCACUUUUUACUUAUCUGCUGAACGGUAUCAGGGAGGACGAAAUGAAGAGAAAUUGUUUUUCGAGUCUUAUAUUCGUUAUGCGUGAGCCAGGAAUAUACCACUUAGUGAACAACAUUUGGCAUGGUAAAUCGAUCGUGAGUGAAAACGACGAUUUAUUUCAACUACGUCUGGGUAGAUUCAACAUUCACGCCGAAUGGUCACCUUGGAACUGCAUUUUACUUACGGAAGAGGAAGCUGAGGCCCAUUACUACAUAAAAGAUUUCCGCACGGUUUACGCCCAGAGUUUAUUAGACAAAGUAUUUCUAGCUCAAGAACAGGCUAAGAGUCAUUUCAGGUAACUGAUCCGCAAAGAUUCCGGAACACAAAAAAAAUAAUAAGUAAAAAAAAGAGCACGGAUGACUGAUUGUUUUCGGUUUCCCUUUUUUCUCUUCUUUUCACCUCGAAAUUUUCAGAGAGCUGGUCCUGUUCGAAAAAUAUUUCCGAGAGUCCUCCAGAUUUUACAUGAUACAAAAGAGAAACGAAUACAGAGCCCCGAACACCAUUGAAAAUUAUGAUCCCAAUAAGCUUCAGCAGAAAAUUUGAAGUCGGACCGAUUGAGCAAUCUUCGUCGACGCCGUUAUUGCUUUCUACUACGCAGUGUGACGAAAAAAAAGUUCCACGAUUGAAUUAUUUCGAUGCAAAAUUUUUCGGCCAAAAUAAAAAAACCUCCCCGAUUCUUUUCCUCCUCUCCCCUUUAAUUAUAACCCGGCCCGCUUGUAUAUUCGCAGCCGUUUGAUCGAUCAAACAUCGGUAUACAUAUUUAC